AAUUACUCAACUAUAUCCCUAUUUAGCGUAAAAGGAGGGAUCAAUAAGCCGCUCCUUCAGGAGCAAGGCGGAGACAAAUUGAAGAGCAGUCGAGACAGAUUCUUAUCAAUAAUAGAAAGAAGUAACGAUGACUGAUAGAUUCUUUAGGCGUUCCCGGAACUUAUUCAUAUCACCACAGAUGCAGCACUGAUGACAGAAAAAGGAUACAAUCUGACAUUGAUGAGACAACCAUGGAAGGAUAGUGGUUAAGAAUAAUGAGUGUUGUUGUGGUGGAGCGGCGUGACUAUUGAAAGAUGAUGAGGACUACUACGAGGAGACUGCUGGUGCAUCGCAUCUAUGCACGGACCUCUUGUCGCCACCAUUGCCCCUCCAUCUUAUUUGCGGUUGAGUCAACUAAGAACAACACUUUGAAUUAUUUCACUCUACUAUCAUAUAUAUCCAUUUUAUUUUCGCUCCGUAGCCACUCUCGACUUCUUCGCUUUAUCAUCCCGAGGCGCAAAAUUGAACGUUAUUGGAGACGGCCUUGGUAGCUAAACCGUUCGUUGGUCGACCUUGUCCGAGUAUCCACUCGACAGAGAAUACCGAAUCAAGAUGGAAGCAGCCCAAACGCCUCGAAGUGUCUUAACUCAUAUAGGCGGUUGGAAGUUGGGUAAGACUCUGGGUAGAGGUGCAUACGCCCAUGUUCGUCUCGCGACUCAUAAAAAUGGACACCAAGCAGCUUGCAAAAUCCUUCCAGCAUUACAUAAAGACCCCGGGCUUCCAGUGACGUGGGAUGAGACUAUCGACGCAGUUGAAGCUCAUAAAGAAGUGGUACUGCUCAAAGCUCUUUGUGGAGCAGGCGUGGAAGGUAUCGCCGGAUUGGAAGGAGUGGUGGAAGAAGGUGGCUGGACUUACGUUUUCCUUACCCUUUAUCCGUGUUCCAUAUCAUCCAUUUCUAAACCUUGGGCUUCUGAUGCUGUCGUCAUCUUUUUCCGCCGGUUGCUCCAUACCGUUCGUAACCUGCACCAACUCAAUGUCAGUCACGAGGAUAUCAAGCGGUCCAAUGUCCUUGCAGACUCCCAAGGUUCCCCUGUGCUUGUCGAUUUUGGGUUUUCCCAUUUCAAAGCAAAUGGAGGUUAUGUCAAGAGUGCUGGCGGAACUUUGGAUUACUCAAGUCCGGAGAAAACUGCCGACAAACAUUACGAUCCCAAAGCCAAUGAUAUUUGGGCUCUCGGUAUUUUACUCACCAAGAUUCUCUGUAUACAACAUCCAUACGCACACUCUUAUGUCGAUGACACUAGCACCACUGUCAAGCGCCGUAUCUUGACAGGUGAUGCGAAAUUCCAUUGGAAAACUGAUCACCUGGUUCCAGGUGGCGUUGCUGAACUUAUCAUGGGAAUGCUGGAGCGCGAUCCCCAGCAACGCUGGACAAUAACACGUAUACUCGGACACCCAUGGCUCAGAACAAAAUACCCUGAUCUAAGACCUUUCCAGCUCCCCUCGUAUGAGCUCAAGCUUUUACAUAAGCCAUCACAGAGUGUCAUUGAAGAUCUAUGCUUUCUAGCCUACCUCAAUGGCGAAUUCGCGCUUUGUGAGACUUCGAUGAGGAUAGAAGAGCAUCUAGAAGGUAAAGAGCCCUGUUGGGAAAAAAGAUGGGCAGGGAUGUUGGGAUCCUGGUCUCAAAGAGCGGAGAUGGACUGGCAGGACAUACCUACUGCUAUCACUCCCCUUCCCAAAUCUAGAAGCAGUUUUACUCGUGUGAACGGUCCUACGAAGGCCAACGCGAUAGGAAAUUCCAAAGGGGGAAUUUUAAAGGAAAUCCAUCUUCUUCCCAACGCGCAAGCUCUCACCACAUUAGGGUCAAAUGGAGACAUUAAAAAAGGACUCAGGCCCGCCCGCUCGCGAUUCUAUAAUAUGAAAACUAAAAAUGGCGCCCAGAAUCUCUUGGUCUGUAGUCUUCGGCCAGGCAUACAUACUCAAACUACGCUGCAAGAGAAAUUUGUGCCGGACGAUUUGAUGGCCGCUACGAACAACCAAUCCAGCAAAGCUAAACCCGGUAUCGUUCGGGUCAAAAAGCCCAAGGCUAAGCAAAAAUCAAAGGCGGAUUUCAAGAUCUUCAUUAGCGACACAGAUAAUUCUGGAGAAGAGAACGAAACCGUUGAAAAGCGGCAAAAUCAGCAAGGACCAAGGAAGCUCGAUAAAACGGGUGCAAAGAAUUUAAUUAUUGGCGAGAGCCCUACAUUGGCAGCCUUGGUGACAGAUAGUAAAGAGGGGUUCAUAACUUCCGUCCCAGACGAGCAAAUGAAAGGAUUAUUUCUGUCCAAGCCAGACCCGCCACGCGCGCGAUGCACACAACGUCGCUCCCCUCGCUUGCAAGAAGAAAAGAGAAUUGACCUUAACUAGUGUUUACAGUGGUCUGUCGGUCAAAACUUAGACACUAUUGGAGGCUUUGUUUAUUUUCCCUUUUCUGAUGGUUCUUGAGAUUUUCGAAUAUACUUCCUGUGAUCGAUAGACCAGUGACACCUUAGCACACCUGAUCAUCACCAUUCUACGGACGUAGUAAGCGAUGGCUGACAAGCAGAUAGCUCCUUACGCUCUGCAUGCCUACUAUGGAUGGAUGACAAUGUUUG